AUGACUUCCAACCCACUGAAUCCCUCUGAUCCCAGUAAUGUCUUUAAGCAGGAGAAAUCUCCAGAGCUUGCGUCUUCAUCCACGGGCCCUGGGUAUAAGUUGCGCUACAUCCUCAGUGGUCACAAACUGUCUAUAUCGUCAAUCAAGUUUAGUCCCGACGGUUCAUUCCUCGCGUCGGCCGGCUCAGACAAGUUGAUAAAACUUUGGGAUGCUCUCACUGGCCAAAUUGUCCACACUCUUCAAGGCCAUACCGAAGGUAUUUCUGAUAUCGCAUGGGCCAACGACAACGAAUACCUCGCUUCCGCGUCUGACGAUAAAACCAUUAAAAUUUGGAGUAUGGAGGAACGCAAAGAAGUCAAGACUCUCAUCGGACAUACUAACUUUGUGUUCUGUGUAAAUUACAAUCCCCACUCUAACCUCCUUGUCUCUGGGGGAUUCGAUGAAACUGUCCGAAUUUGGGAUAUCGCAAGAGGCAAGCCUCUGAAAGUCCUCCCAGCACAUUCAGACCCUGUAACUGCCGUCAGUUUCAAUCACGAUGGAACUUUGGUGGUUUCUUGCGCAAUGGAUGGGCUGAUCCGCAUAUGGGAUGCUGAAUCUGGUCAGUGUUUAAAAACCUUGGUGGACGACGAUAAUCCUAUCUGUUCACAUGUCAAGUUUUCUCCAAAUUCUAGAUUUGUAUUGGCCUCAACCCAAGACUCCACAAUACGAAUGUGGAAUUAUCAGACCUCAAAAUGCGUAAAAACGUAUACAGGACACGUCAAUAGGACAUAUUGCAUCCCUGCUUGCUUUAUCACCUCCAGCAGCAAAGGAAAGUACAUUGUCAGUGGCAGCGAAGACAACAAACUAUACAUCUGGGAUUUGCAGUCUCGCAAAGUUUUACAAAUUUUAGAAGGUCAUCGAGAUGUUGUUCUCGCUGUCGCUACGCAUCCCAUCAGAAAUAUCAUCGCAUCAGCCUCCAUGGAAAAAGACUUAUCCAUACGACUUUGGUUUGAUGAGUAA